AAACAAAAUACGCGUUUUAUAGUCACGUGAUCUCAUGGCGUUGUCUAUGCGCUUCUUUUUUCGGUUCGUGGCCCCAAGACGGUUGGCGUCAUCAAAGAUCAAUUUUGAUUGGCGGGAUCCUCUCAGUCUCGAAUGCCGACUGACUGAAGAAGAGGUGCUGGUUCGAGAUCAAGUGCGCCAGUAUUGCGAGGAAAAGUUGUCGCCAAGAAUUCUUCAAGCGAACAGAGAUGAAUAUUUUCAUAAAGAAAUAAUGUCGGAGAUGGGGGAACUAGGAUUUCUGGGUUCAACGAUCAAGGGAUAUGGUUGUGCUGGAGUUUCGUCUGUUGCGUAUGGAUUGAUGGCAAGAGAAGUGGAAAGAGUGGAUAGCAGCUAUCGAUCUGCGAUGAGUGUUCAGUCAUCACUAGUGAUGCAUCCUAUUCAUUCAUAUGGAUCCAACGAACAGAAAGAGAAAUACCUACCAAGACUUGCUCGUGGCGAACUGAUCGGCUGCUUUGGUUUGACAGAACCAAACCACGGCAGCGAUCCAUCUGGCAUGGAAACGAGAGCAACACACAAUGAGAGAACAGGAACAUACAUCAUAAACGGUACAAAAUCAUGGAUUACAAACUCUCCCAUUGCCGACGUGUUUGUCAUUUGGGCAAAAACAGACGAUGGAGAAAUCAGAGGAUUUUUACUGGAUAAAAACAUGAAGGGCUUGUCUGCCCCGGUUAUUGAAGGUAAAUUCUCACUUAGGGCGUCCAUUACUGGUCAAGUAGUAAUGGAGGAUGUCGAGGUUCCUGAUGAAAAUCUCUUGCCUCACGUUUCUGGCCUGAAGGGUCCAUUUGGCUGCCUUAAUAAUGCACGAUAUGGCAUUGCAUGGGGCGCAUUUGGAGCAUCAGAAUCCUGUCUACACGUCGCACAACAAUACACAUUAGACAGGCACCAGUUUCGUCGUCCGUUAGCUGCUAAUCAACUGAUACAGAAGAAACUGGCAGAUAUGGUGACUGAGAUUUCUAUUGGGUUGCAGGCUUGUUUGCAAGUAGGCCGUUUGAAAGAUGAGGGCAGAGCAACAUCCGAAAUGAUCUCACUUAUCAAAAGAAAUUCAUGUGGAAAGUCACUGGAGAUUGCACGUGCUGCUCGAGACAUGCUGGGAGGAAAUGGUAUUGUGGAUGAAUACAAGGUCAUUCGGCAUAUGAUGAACUUAGAAACUGUCAACACAUAUGAAGGAACUCAUGACAUCCACGCAUUGAUAUUGGGGAGAGCCAUAACAGGAAUACAGUCGUUUACUUCUCGUUAGGACUUUUGUAUGAGAUAAUAAUAAUUGAAUACA